GCAGUUCUGCUGACUGCAGUAGAGAGGAACUACCUCAGUGCGUCAGCACUCUGAAAUGAAUGAAGAAAAAAAACGGAUCAAUCAGAGUGACUGCAGAGAGAGAGGAGUCUACACACUUUCUAACCCUGAUCUGUUGUGUAGCUGUCCUCACAUGCGCUAGUGACCGGGAGCACACACUCCAUAAGAUGUGAAGUACCUCCCAACCCCCCCCCGGUGCUAUAAAUCAAGAUGACCUUCCUGCUUUUUUUCCUCUUGGUCCUCUCCGAGAGCCGAGCUGACAACUUUGAUGAGGCUUACAGUGACCUGGAGCACUACAGGACCAUAUACAUCUCAGAAAAUGGACCCAAACUCUCAGUGGACACAGCUCAACCCAAAGUAAUCUCACAACGUGGAGGUAACGCCACACUGACAUGCAAGUUCAACCGGGAUCCCUCGUCUGCACCAAAUCCCAAACUGAGGAUUAAAUGGACUAAACUGACUUCAGACUAUCUAAAGGAAAUCGAUGUUUUCGUAGCAAUGGGCUUCCACAAAAAGAGCUAUGGUCAAUUCCAUGGCCGCGUGCACCUUCAGGCUGCCAGCGAGAAUGAUGCCUCACUGGUUAUCACCGAGAUCACUCUAGAGGAUUAUGGGAAAUAUAAGUGUGAAGUCAUCGAUGGCUUGGAGGAUGAUACAGCAGUUGUAUCCCUUGACCUGCAAGGCAUUGUGUUUCCGUAUUUUCCUCGACUGGGUCGUUACAACCUGAACUUCCCUGAUGCUGAGAAAGCUUGCAGAGACCAAGAUGCCAUUGUGGCAUCUUUCGACCAGCUGUACGAUGCCUGGAGAGACGGGUUGGAUUGGUGCAAUGCAGGGUGGCUCAGUGACGGAUCGGUGCAAUACCCCAUCACCAAACCCAGAGAGCCAUGUGGAGGCAAAAACACCAUUCCCGGUGUGAGGAAUUAUGGGAUGCGUGACAAGCAAAAAGAAAGAUAUGAUGUCUUCUGUUUCACCUCUAACUACAAAGGACGUUUCUAUUAUUUGAUACACCCUUCCAAGCUUACGUAUAACGAGGCAGUGCAGGCAUGUCAAAAGGAUGGCGCUCAGAUUGCCAAAGUCGGUCAGAUGUACGCAGCAUGGAAGCUGCUGGGCUACGACCGCUGCGACGCAGGCUGGCUGGCAGACGGCAGUGUACGGUACCCGAUCUCAAAACCACGCAGGCGCUGCAGUCCCACAGAGGCCGCCGUACGCUUCUCUGGAUUCCCAGACAAGAAGCACAAACUCUACGGCGUCUACUGCUACAAGAGUAACAACUGAGUGUACAAACUAUAUAACUCACGAACUAAGUGUAAUAAUGUAAGGCAUUAGUUCGAGUGCAUUAAAACUGUGACAAAGUCUCUAGAUACUGUAAUACAGAAGGAUUUAUAGAUAAAGUAAGUAACUGAUGUUUGUUUGAAGGAAAGAUUCUGUAGGGUUAGGCACCUCAGGCGCCCUCUUCCCUCAAAAUCAAGACUUCAUUACAAGAUGGCAACAGGACAGGAAUAGAAUUCAUAGGAUGCCACAGAAAUUAUAGCUAAUUAUAGCUACAGCAGUGCUGAAGGAAGAAAUAUUUGGCGAGAUUGAGGUAGAAAUUCACACUGUGCUCUUCCAUUUAGCAUGCAGUAGCUUGAGGGAUGUUCUAGAUCUGAAUGACAGAAAGGCUUAAAUACUUUGAACUGAUACCUUUGAGCACUUAGUUUGUCAUUCAAGAACAUCAUUUCCCAUAUAAAUAGCAUGAUGGAAAAUACUGUAUAUUUUCUGCUGAUUGGAAAACAAAUUCAACGAAAGUGCUAAACACCAUACAGAACCCUUAUGGCACAAUUAACGCAAUUUUUCCUUUUGCCAUCCUUACAGGGUGCUAUAUUGUAUUAUUUUCUAUAAACAUACCUUUUUAAAUUUUGUUCAAAAACAUUUUAUGUGUGGACCAAACCAUGUUGAGUCAUAGGUCACAUUAAGAAACAAAACAUUGUUCUGUGAUUUUUUUUAAACUGUUGAAAUAUACAAGUAGAGUGUUUAUAAAUGUAUGUUAAUUAUCUUUUUCUUGAAAUAAUGCGUUUAUAAGAUGUCUCCCCUACGUCACAAAAAAUUUAGAGCUUCAAUGUAUCGACCUCAUCACUGUCAAACAUUUUUUGUGUGUCCAGGACAAUGAAGAAAUUUGACAUAAUAACAAAACCAUUGUGUUUUAAAAGUAAAUAUGUUUUUUUUUCCUAAAGAUUGUUUUUAGUAUUUCUGUUUUGUUCUAUUUCAGACCUGAUGUGAUCAAUUCAUGAAACCGUAGAAAACCUAUCUUUAAACAUAGCCCAUAGCAAUGGUGCCAAAUGUUAAUACAAAUUAGUUUGAUAGAGGAAGUCGUGUGAAAGAAAGCACACGACCCAGAUUUUAGCCGAUGUGAUGAGUAGUCUAUGCAUGUUACCGUUUACAAAUAGCAAGUCUGAGGUGGUCAAAAAGAUGACAGUGCUAAUGACCAUGUUGUGUUACUUAGUAAAAUAAAAACAGCACAAUGAAAUUUAUUUUCUAUUCUAGAAAAAAUAGACCUUGCAGGUAAAGGUUUACUCAGAGAUGAUGCAAAAAAAUAAUGGCACAACAAAAAAAGUGCAUAGUUAGCAUGCUGCAUUCAGUCUUUACUUGUCUGUGAAGUAGUAGACCUUCAGAAAAAAUGUCAAGCCAAGGCAUUUGGAAACAAACCAUUAAAACCGACUGCCAAGCUAGGACAAAAACAACUUAAUGAUGUUUUAUUCUUGCCAUCAUUACUAUUAGGGUCAACACAGCCAGUUUAGACCUGAAGGUCAUAUUAGAUGCUACACUAAAUUACCAGCUCCACAAAAAAGAAAAGCAGUUCUAAAAUAAGUUUCAAAAUAAUUGCAUAUGUAUUCACAUUCAUUCAUUAUUCAUUUUGUUUUGACUCUGGCAACUGUACAUGUGCCUUGUUUACAAGAUUUCAGAAUCAAUUUUAGAACUGGAUGCUUAGACAUUUUCCACCCAUGUUUUGUGUACAUAAAGUAAUUAAACGGAUGAUUUGACUGUAUCAAUGUGAAAAAAAACAUUGACCCCAAAAAUAAACAAUCAGUCAAAUACA